AAAGCGCACACACACACCCAAAUAUUAUCUACGUCCCUCCCUCACUAUUUCACAUUGUCUUUAACUUUAACCAACCCAACACAUCUUAAACGUUCUUGCUUCUGUUUUUCACUAAACUUGUCUCUCUUCUUGCAUGUUUCAAACAUACAUACUUUGUUUCCCCUUUGAAUUAACUUGUUGUGAUGGGUCCUGUGAGAGGAAACAAAAAGAGAAGAAAGACAGAAAACAAUAACAAUAACGUUUCUGCUUCUGCUGAUUCAUCUGACAAAGAGGUUAUUGUUGUAGAUUGGUGGGGUGAUUUGUCAAUCAAGAUCAAUGGUCAUCGGAAGUCACCACCAAAGAUCUCCAGAAAGACAUUUGAGUACAUAUGUUCACUUGUCAAGGAUGAUAUAUCGACAAAAUCCGCGCAUUUCACGUUUACGAACGGAAAGCCAAUGUCUUUGUUUGAUCAAGUGGCCGUGUCAUUAAGAAGAUUAGGAACUGGUGACUCGCUAGUCACAAUUGGCGAUUCGUUUGGGCUAAGCCAUUCAACUGUUUCGCAAGUCACAUGGCGAUUUGUGAUUUCCAUGGAAGAAAGAGCACUUCAUCAUCUACAAUGGCCUUCAACACAAGAGGAGAUGAAUACAAUCAAGUCAAAAUUUGAGAAAAUACAAGGCUUCCCGAAUUGCUGCGGCGCCAUUGAUGUUACUCACAUCACAUUGUGUUUACCUGCAUCCGAACAUUCGAGUAAUGUGUGGCUGGAUCAUAAGAAAAAUCACAGCAUGGUUUUGCAAGCAAUAGUCGAUCCUGACAUGAAAUUCCGCGACAUAGUCACUGGUUGGCCUGGUAAAAUGAAGGACUGGUCGAUAUUCGAGAGCUCAAAUUUCAACAAACUUUGCAACAAAGGAGAAAGACUCAAUGGAAAGAAAUUAAAAAUUUCUGAAGUAUCAGAAAUAAGGGAAUAUAUUAUUGGUGAUUCAGGUUAUCCUCUACUACCUUACCUUGUUGUGCCUUAUCAAGAAAAAGAACUCUUGGAAUCAGAACAGAAAGCAAAGUUUAAUAAGCUGCAUUUGGAAACAAGAAUGGUGGCACAGAGAGCAUUGGCAAGGCUGAAGGAAAUGUGGAGAAUCAUUCAUGGAAAUAUGUGGCGGCCGGACAAGCAUCGGUUGCCGAGGAUCAUUCUGGUCUGUUGCUUACUUCACAACAUUGUUAUUGACAUGCAAGAUGAAGUGAAGGAUGAGUUGCUAUGUUUGUAUCGUCAUAAUCAUGACUCAGGGUAUAGUCAACUUAUUUGUGAAGGUGUGGAAGAGAAGGGUGUGGCAAUGAGGGAAAGUUUGUCUCAUUACUUGAAUGGAAGGUUGCAUCCAUGAUUUUUUUUGUUGUUAGUAUAUUGUUACUUAGCAUUUGGUAUAGCUCAAAAUGUUAUAAACAUAGCAAAUUACAUGAUUAGUUGCUCUUCUUAUUUUUCUAGACUGUAAAUCAUUUGGAUGAUGCAUGUGUACAUUUUCCCCAAA